AUGUCUCUCAGCUCUGAUGAAGAGGAUGAGAUCCUCUCAGAUGCUCAAUCAGAAGGCUCCUCAGAAGAAGACUCUCCUCCACGCCAACUAUCACAAAAUCUAUUCGCACCUCCAUUCUACGGGCGACCACCUACGCCUUUACCCCCUUCACCAUCACUCACGUCUCUACUUCGCCCUUCACGUCCGACGACGCCAGAUGCAUCCGACGACGACGCAAUCGCGCCCGUGCCUCGCGCCGCGCCAAAAGUGCCCACGUACGAGUACUACGGCUUCGUACUGUAUCUUUUCAGCAGCCUGACGUUUCUCAUCUAUCUGCUCUGGGGCUACCUUCCGUCUCCCUUUCUGCACGCCCUGGGUAUUGAAUACUACCCCAACAGGUGGUGGGCGCUGGCUAUCCCGGCAUUUAUCGUCAUGACGGUCGUUUACAUUUACGUGGCGCUCGCGGCGUACAAUACGGAAAUGCUCACAGUGCCGCUGUCGAGCGUGGAGACGGUAGUUGAUGGCGCGGGAAAGUUGGCAGAAAUUGAUGCCAAGGGAAGACUAAAAGGAAGUAAGAACAGAGAGAGAAAGGUUCAGGCGGAUGGGAGAUUGAGAUGGAGGGAGAUUUGGAGUGAGGGCACAGAUGCGGUGAUGGAUAUUCCGCUGGCUGGAGUUUGUGAGGUUUUGUAUGGAGAGGGACGAGAUGAGGAGGGAUAUGUUGAUGAUGAUUAG